GUACAAAAGUGGAUGCGCAGCCUUGCUGAUGAAUUGUCGGAGAGGUUAAUGAUGGACCAAACAGCAAAUAAAAGAAGAGCAAAGACGAUUACAGUCAGUGUAAGAUUAGAUGGAGAUGAACGAUGGACUUCCCUCUCAAGAUCAUGUAGUCUUCCGUCAUACAGUGCAGAGCGCAUAACCCAAGUAGCCAUCUCACUCAUUCAGCACACCAAUGAAGCACCACCAAAGGAUUCAGUGUGGUCACCAGCCAUCAAGAAUAUAAGUCUUUCAGCAGGAAAGUUUGAGGACUGGGCUGGAGCUAGUUCAGGCAGUAUCCAAGAAAUGUUCAAGAAAGUUGCAAAAGCAAAUAUAACUUCUACAGUGCCAUCGUCAUUAGUGACAGACUGGUUAAUGGAUGAAAGUUUAACCAACAAAGAGAAUAAAAGAACACAGUAUUCUUCCCAUGACUUGUCUAUGGAAAGUAAUUUGGUUCAUGAGGUUAGUCCACUAGCAAAGGAAAAUACCUCAGCUAAAACAAAAUUAAUUCCGGAAGAUAACCUUGAAUACAACCCCAAGAAACCACAGGAUGUAGGUGCAGGUUCAAGUAAUUCAUUUUUCAGGAACUUUCUCUUGCGAAGACAACAGAUGAAGGCAGGAGAUGUGAAUGAUGAUAAAGAGACCUUGACAAAUUCAGUCCCUGGUGCUGACAAAAUUCAGGUAGAUGAAUCUGCUGAAGAAAGUGAAAAUGCAGAUCUUGACCUUUUAGUAAGUCAAUUAGAAGAAAAUGAAAAUGAAGAGGAAGUAGAUAGUGGCCAGGAUAAUAAUGGUGAAAUUGAUAGUAAUAGUGAUGACGACUCUAUAUAUCAAGCUUCCACUGAUGUUGAUUCAAGUUUUGCAACUCAGAAUGAUGGUAGUCAAGAUCUUUUUAUGGAUUAUGAUGUCAGUAAUGAGGAAAAAGGAAAUAAGCAGUUACACAUUGAAAUUGAUGAAGCAAACAUUGAUCCUUUGGAUAAUUUUGAAGAAGCAGAAAGGUCUCUGGAUGGACUUCAAGGAGAAGCACAGAUUGGUCAUAAUUUUGAAACACACAGUGGGUCGAAAGUGUCAGUUCACGAACUCUUCCCAGAUCUAGAUAAUUUUGAUGAAUCCUUGUUGCCCAUGUUGCCAAGUGACUUGAGAACUGAAGUAGAAAAAGCUCUUGCAGCUCAUAAGGCAAAAACAGAAGUUAAGCAGAAAAAGACAGGUUUAUGGAAAUAUGUCACAAGCAGCCCAUCCAAAAGCACAUCAUCUCCAGACAAGCAAGCUUCAAGUACAUCUGUCACACCACAGAAGAACAGGAGUGUUAUUCCAGAAGGAUCUCCACAAUCAAGCAGUUGCAUGGCAUUUGUGAAUGGAGGCAUCCAAAAGGCCACAAAGGUGCUCCUGAACUGUCAUGAAAGUCCUGAAACUGUGGCUCAAGGAAGUACAAAGACUGUUGGAAGCGUUCAAAGCAAUGACGACACAGUAGAGUGUGAAGAGUGUGGUGCUCAGAUAUCUGCGUUUGAAAUGCCAGAACACCUUGAUUAUCAUGUAGCCCUGAGGCUUCAAACAGAUAUAAGACAGGAAAUGAGACAAGAUUCUGAGAGCUUAACACCAAGGAUCAAUAAAGACUUCAGCAGGAAUUUAAGAGGCAAGAAGAGAGGAAGACCAAGUAAAGGGGAGGUUGUAAGUAAAUCAGGCAAAAUUCAAAAAUUGGAUUCAUUUUUCAGAUAGAAAGGAAUCAGAUAAUAUUAGCAAAGGUCUGCCUAUAGGGAAAGUUCUGAAAAUAUAAAAUUUCAGUGUUCAUUUCUAUAUCUUGGUCCUUUUAUUUAUCAUGGGGAAAGUUUUUGACAUGAAGCAACAGUACCUAAUAGACAUGUAAUAACUUGUUUGUAAAGAAAUGGUUUUACUAAGAAUUUUAUACCCUGAAUGAUUCAGAGCAGAGAAGUCUGACAUACCUAGCAUGGUAAUUUUCAUUGAUUUGCAGACCUUAAUGAACAUACCUGUUGAUAGGUCUAAAGCAGAAGUUACAUGUGGGUUUCAUCCCCAGGUGUAUUUACAAUAGCUAUUGUAAUAACUGGCAUACCAAUUAUAUGAAGUCAUAUUGUAAUAAAACAAAAACAGUAUAGCACAUUAAAACUGUUGAUAGAUGCACAAAAAUGUAUCUAUAUAUACAAAUAUAUUUUUUAAUGUUAUCUAUAUAUUUCCUGUAACAUGGCCUUAUAAAAAGGAUAAACUGAAAUAAGUUAUUAAUAAAAUCUAAGAUUUGAAAUUAAACAUAAAUAAUAUAUAACUGCAUAGGACAAACUAUUGAAUGUGCAAUCAUCAUAGGUUUACACAUUUGCUCACACAACGUAACUGAAAAUAAAGUAUGUGAAAGCAAAUAAAGUUUUUGUUCUUCAUUAAAUGUAUGAAAGCAAUCAAUUCAUUUACUCUUAAAUAC